AUGCCUUUACACUUCGACACACUUCAAUUGCACGCUGGUCAACUGGUGGAGCAACCACAUCGCUCCAGAGCACCUCCUAUUCAUGCCACCACCUCGUACGUCUUCAAUGAUUCGGAACAUGGAGCCAACCUUUUUGGUCUUAAAGAGCCUGGUAUGAUCUACUCCAGAAUCAUGAAUCCUACCAAUGGGGUGUUCGAGGAGCGUAUGGCUGCUCUUGAGGGAGGAAUUGGUGCCCUUGCGGUAUCUUCUGGUCAGGCAGCUCAAUUUAUUACUGUAGCUGGAUUGGCUCAUGCCGGAGACAAUAUUGUUUCUACAUCAUAUUUGUAUGGUGGAACCUACAACCAAUUCAAGGUUGCGUUCAAAAGACUUGGAAUUGAGACCCGGUUUGUCAAUGGUGACAAGCCUGAGGACUUUGAGCAUUUAAUUGAUGAUCGUACCAAAGCGAUUUACAUCGAAAGUAUUGGAAACCCAAAAUAUAAUGUUCCCGAUUUCGAGAAAAUCGUCUCAAUUGCUCACGCUAAAGGAGUUCCUGUUGUAGUGGACAACACUUUUGGUGCUGGUGGGUUCUUGGUUCGUCCAAUUGAUCAUGGCGUUGAUAUCGUUGUGCACUCUGCUACCAAGUGGAUUGGAGGACAUGGAACUACCAUUGGAGGUGUUAUCAUUGACUCUGGAAAGUUUCCAUGGACGGAAUACCCUGAAAAGUUUCCUCAAUUUUCCAAGCCUUCUGAGGGCUACCAUGGACUUAUUCUUAGUGAGGCUUUAGGAAACGCUGCUUUCAUUGGACAUGCUCGUAUUGAGUUGUUGCGUGAUUUGGGUCCUGCCUUGAACCCAUUUGGUCUGUUCUUGUUGCUUCAAGGGUUGGAAACAUUGUCUUUGAGAGUGGAGCGCCAAUCACAGAACGCAUUGAAAUUGGCUAAAUAUUUGGAAAGCUCUCCUCAUGUCAGUUGGGUUUCUUACUUGGGACUUCCUUCUCACGAAAGCUAUGAACUCGGCAAGAAAUACUUGAACACAGAACAUGCUGGAGGCAUGUUGUCGUUUGGUGUCAAACCAAUCGAUUCUGGUGACAAAUCUCCAUUCAAAGAGGCCGGUCCAAGAGUUGUGGACCAACUUAAGAUCGCUUCUAAUUUGGCUAAUGUUGGUGACUCCAAGACCUUGGUUAUUGCUCCUUAUUACACCACCCACGAGCAGCUCAGUGAAGAAGAAAAGGUGGCUUCUGGUGUCACCAAGGACCUCAUCAGAGUGUCGGUUGGUACUGAGCACAUUGACGACUUGAUCCAGGACUUUGAGCAAGCUUUCGGCGAGGUGUACAAGUAA